UACAGUGUUUUUAGACCCGAAUCUGUUUAGAAAACCAAUAAUUUUAAUUGGGUGCACCCGUUUAAGCCCUUUUAUUAACGGGUCUUAUUUAAUUUUAAAUGGGUAGCCCGAUAGUUUUUUUUUUUUCAACUUUUGAUGUAAACGACAACGUUUAGUCGUUUAGUGGUAGGAGGUUAGGGCUUAUUUUGAUCAAACGAAACUGCUACAAUAUGAAGUAUAGUAAUAGAGUUUAAUCUUAAGAAAUCUAUAUUUGAUUAAACAUUAUUAUAACGUCAUAAGAAUAUGUUACGAUUGAAAAACUCAAACCUAUGAAGUUUAAUUUCACUAACUAUAGAGAUUAGUAAUAGUAAGCAAUGAAUGAUGACCGGUGGAAAAUUAAACACCUCGCUCAAAUGAUCUUGCAGUAAAGUAAUGACGUGGUAUAACCGUUGAUAAUAACCUAUACAUUCUCUAUAUCUUACGCUGACUAACCGCGCAUAUUAGCCGAACACACAGUUGAAGAAGCGCAUAUUAACCGCACGACGUUACCAUCUUCUUCAUAUGAAACCUUCUCUCGCGCUUUCAGGAGGCGCGAAUUUCACGAGAAACUUCUGGGGAAAGUAUCACACAAGUUUCAAGCGAAGAUUCUCUGUCCCUAGUUACCGUCUCAAUCCCAUAGUAACCAUGGCUACUGGAUCCGGUUCACUGGUUUGGUUCCGGAAAGGGCUUCGGGUUCACGACAACCCGGCUCUUGAAUACGCCUCAAAAGGUUCCCAAUUUCUUUACCCGGUUUUUGUUAUCGACCCGCAUUACAUGGAGUUAGACCCAUCUGCGUUCUCUCCCGGUUCGUCUCGUUCCGGGGUUAACCGGAUCCGGUUCUUACUGGAGAGUCUCAAGGAUCUCGAUUCUAGCCUGAAGAAACUCGGUUCGCGGUUGCUGGUUCUGAAAGGUGAACCUGGUGAAGUACUGGUUCGUUGCUUGCAAGAGUGGAAGGUGAAGAGGCUUUGCUUUGAAUAUGAUACAGAUCCGUAUUAUCAAGCGUUAGAUGUGAGAGUUAAGGAAUAUGCUUCUUCAACUGGAGUUGAGGUUUUCUCUCCAGUGAGCCAUACUCUGUUCAAUCCGGCAGACAUUAUAGAGAAAAACGGUGGGAAGCCACCUUUGAGUUAUCAGUCAUUUGUGAAGAUUGCUGGAGAGCCAUCAUGUGCUACAUCUGAACUUGUGAUGUCUUAUUCUUCACUUCCUCCAAUUGGAGAGGUUGGAAAUCUUGGCAUUUCAGAAGUACAAACGCUUGAGGAACUUGGAUACAGAGAAGAUGAAAUAGCUGAGUGGACUCCUUUUAGAGGUGGUGAAUCAGAAGCCUUGCAACGAUUGACCAAGUCAAUCAGUGAUAAGGCAUGGGUGGCAAACUUUGAGAAACCGAAGGGUGAUCCAUCUGCAUUCUUGAAACCUGCGACUACAGUUUUGUCACCUUAUUUGAAAUUUGGAUGCCUUUCUUCGAGGUACUUUUAUCAAUGCCUCAAAAAUAUUUACAAGGAUGUUAAAAAGCAUACUUCGCCACCAGUUUCUCUCCUUGGGCAGUUGUUGUGGCGAGAAUUUUUCUAUACCACUGCAUUUGGAACCCCUAACUUUGACAAAAUGAAGGGAAACCGGAUCUGCAAACAGAUUCCAUGGAACGAGGAUCAUGCUAUGUUGGCUGCUUGGAGGGACGGUAAGACAGGAUACCCUUGGAUUGAUGCCAUCAUGGUUCAGCUUCUGAAAUGGGGUUGGAUGCACCAUCUAGCGCGUCAUUGUGUAGCCUGUUUUCUAACUCGUGGGGAUCUGUUCAUACAUUGGGAACAAGGGCGUGAUGUGUUUGAAAGGCUUCUGAUCGAUUCAGACUGGGCCAUCAAUAAUGGAAAUUGGAUGUGGUUAUCAUGUUCGUCCUUCUUUUACCAGUACAACCGCAUCUACUCUCCUAUAUCUUUCGGGAAGAAGUAUGAUCCUGAUGGGAAGUACAUUAGGCAUUUUCUCCCGGUUCUGAAAGAUAUGCCAAAGCAGUAUAUAUACGAGCCAUGGACAGCGCCAUUGAGUGUUCAAACGAAAGCAAAAUGCAUAGUCGGGAAGGACUACCCGAAGCCAAUGGUUUUGCACGAUACAGCAAGCAAGGAGUGCAAGAGGAAGAUGGGUGAAACAUAUGCAUUGAACAAGAAAAAGGAAGGUAAGGUGGAUGAUGAAGAUCUGAAGAAUUUAAGGAGAAAGCUUCAAGAAGAUGGACAUGAAGAGCCAACCAAGAUCAGGAACCAACGUCAAAAACUCAACUAAUAAUAAGAUUUUGAUGAGAAUUUGGCUUAUUAUUAUUUACAAACCAAAUCGUAGUAGUACUGUAAUCUUUGUAAAACAUUGUUCCACUGAAAUUUCAAAAGUAAGCCUUUUUCUGUUAAGGAGGUCAAACACAACAUAAAUUACCUAAUUGUUUGUAUAUGAAUUUUGGGACAGAGAUCUAAUUCGUAAACGUUAUGAGCUAAUUUUGUAAAGGAUGAGAAAAUAUGGGAAUGAAAUUGGAAGAAGACAAAAAGAGAAAUAGCUUCCUGAAAUAGAAAAUCUCUCGGACAGGCCAGCAGCGACCCCUUCUCCUCCUCCUACACUGACUGGGGUUGAUUGGUUAUAUAACCAAAAAAAAAAAGCUUUCUUCUUCCCCACAUUCUUGCACUUUGCUUCAUCUUCGAUUNUUUUUUUUUUUUUUUUUUUUUUUUUUUUUUUUUUUUUGUAAUUUUCCUUUGUUUUUUUUUGUUUCUUUUGUAAUGUUUCGGGAGGCAGCAAUUAUUCAACUGGAGCUUCCCUAUCAAAAAA